AAACUAAAAUCGAAAACGAAUCAAAUACAUUAUUUCACAGUUAAACGACAAAAGCCAAAUUGAUUGAAAUACCCCCAGACCCCGCCAAACAAAACGAAUUCAAAUCACAACAAGUUGAUAAGUGCCAAAACAAAAGUCAAUACCGAUCGCAUACAAUGCAGCGCCCCAAAAAGUGCUCAGAACUGUGCUGAACAACAACAACAACAAAACAAACAGCAGAAAAUCUAUAUUUAAUCCAUACUAUAAUACUAUAUCCUAUGUGUAAUCGAAUCGAAAAUGGCAGCCGAACAAAUCGCUAAAAUGGCAGCUAAAGCCGGAGAAGCUACAAAUAAAUGGAUUAAGCCCCAGCAGAUAGCAACGCCACUGCUAACGCUUCUGCUCUUGGCCACGUUUAGUCAGCUGCCAACUGUGCGCAGCAGCAGCAGCAUCUUGGAUGCCUCCUCCAGCCUUCAGGACAAGGAUCCCCUGCGGGAGACCAGCAUGAACAUGAUCCAGCGCAACUACAUGGUGAUGCACUCGGCCAGCGGCUCCGGGGACCACAGUCGCUCCCUGAAGCGCGCCAACCUGGCCAACUCGAGCAUCACCUGCAACGACGGCACCCACGCCGGCUUCUACUUGAGGAAGCAGCCCAGCUCCAAGAAGUGGAUCGUCUUUCUCGAGGGCGGCUGGCACUGCUUCGAUGUGAGGUCCUGUCGCGCCCGGUGGAUGCGACUGCGCCACCUCAUGACCUCCUCGCAGUGGCCGGAAACGAGAGAUGUCGGAGGCAUCCUAUCGCCCCAUCCCGAGGAGAAUCCCUACUGGCACAAUGCCAACCACGUGCUGAUCCCGUACUGCAGCAGUGAUUCGUGGUCGGGAACGCGAAUGGAGCCGGAUACCAGCGACAGGGAGAACAAGUGGCGCUUCAUGGGAGCUCUGAUCCUGCGCCAGGUGAUCGCCGAACUGAUUCCCGUGGGCCUGGGUCGUGUGCCGGGUGGCGAGCUGCUCCUCGUCGGCUCCUCGGCCGGUGGUCUUGGUGUAAUGCUUAAUUUGGAUCGCAUUCGGGAUUUCCUGGUCAACGAAAAGAAGCUGCAGGUGACGGUGCGGGGAGUGAGUGACUCUGGUUGGUUCCUGGACCGAGAACCAUACACGCCGGCGGCGGUGGCCUCCAGUGAGGCAGUGCGUCAGGGCUGGAAGUUGUGGCAGGGCCUGCUGCCCGAGGAGUGCACCAAGGCUCAUCCCACGGAGCCCUGGCGGUGUUAUUUCGGCUACAGGCUAUAUCCCACAUUGAAAACUCCCCUUUUCGUCUUCCAAUGGCUCUUCGACGAGGCCCAAAUGCGAGCGGACAAUGUUGGUGCACCCGUGACGCCCCAGCAAUGGAACUAUAUCCACGAGAUGGGCGGAGCUCUGCGAUCCUCCCUAGACAAUGUGACCGCUGUGUUUGCACCCAGUUGCAUAGGCCAUGCGGUGUUGUCCAAGAGGGAUUGGGUCAACAUCAAGAUCGAUGAUAUAUCCCUGCCCUCGGCGCUGCGCUGUUGGGAGCACUCGACGCGUCGCAAGCGCCAUGACAAGCUGAAACGCUCGACGGAACCUUCGACGGCGGUUUCUCAGCUGCCACAUGCCAAUAACCAAAGACACCAGCGGCACCGUCAGCGGCAGCACCGCCAGAAGCAGAACAACGUGGCCCAAAACGGUGGCCAGCCGCAGCAGCAGCAGCGGAAGCACAAUCACUUGAGCAAGGAGGAGCGGGAGGAGCGGAAGCGUUUGCGCCAGGAGCAGCGGCAGAGGCGAAAGCAGCGGCGUCGACAGCAGCAGCAGCAGCACAAGAAGGCCAAUGCGGCGCAGGACAAUCGGAACAAGAAGAAUAAUAGCCCCAAGUCGAGUAAUGGCAAUGAUCAGCGGAAGCAGCAGCAGCAGCAGCGGCGUCGUCAGCAAUUGACACCGGAACAAAGGCAGGAGCAGCGAAAGAGGCGCCGAAAGGCUCAGCGGGAACAGCAGGAGCGGGAACAGCAGGAGCAGCCGGGAGUUAUCCCAGAGGUGGGUGAACCCCCUCUGAAGACGCGCUCCUCGAACAACGCCUCCGCGGGCACAAAGUCCAAGAAGCGGCAGCGAGUGCCCCGAGUCCCGGAGAAGUGCGGUCUGCGACUCCUGGAGCGGUGCAGUUGGCCGCAGUGCAACCACUCCUGUCCCACGCUCACGAAUCCCAUGACCGGCGAGGAGAUGCGCUUCCUGGAGCUCCUCACCGCCUUCGGCUUGGACAUCGAGGCGGUGGCAGCUGCCUUGGGAGUCGAUAUGCAUACGCUGAACAACAUGGAGCGCACCGAGUUGGUCAAUCUGCUGACGCAGCAGGCCAACUAGGCUCACCAAAUACCCUGUAAAUUUUUGGGGGGAUCCUAACUUAGGGUUAAGCCAUUGUUCCCUACGAUUGGUUGGCCUUUCGGAGGUCUAUAGAACUCGACCCACCCUGUACUGUAAAUAAGUGGCCUGUAUAUAUAGUUUGUAGGUGGGGCCGCUCUGUAAAUAUUGCCUAAUACCACCCCAAAAACAAACACACACUCACUUAAGCGGAGAGAUAGCUCCAAUUCCUAGAUCACACCAAGAAAAAGACAUGCGCAUAGUAACCCAGUAAUUAAGCAGAAUUUAUUUAUAUCGUCCUACUCGAACUGCAACUCGUAUUUGUAUUCACAUUCACACAUUCGCACGCCACACCACAUACGUCUUAUUUUAUUCAUUCGCAUUCUGCAAUCACAAUCAAAGAAAUGAAAUCUGCUUAACGAGAAACUAAACACAAAUGCAACCACAAGACUGUUUUUAUGUUUUUUUUACAUAUAUUAUAUUGAUAAAGUAGCAUAGUUUACAUAGAUAUGGCUAAAUAAUCGUAAAUGUUUAUGUAAUUUAUUUGAUAAUUUAUGGCCCGUAUAGGAUGGUACUUUUGUGUGGAAUCUAGACUGUUUCAAUUGCCCCACGCAAGUGUUUUAUUUUUAUUUGUAUUAUUUUUUUUUUUUAUACAUUGUUUUAUGCCUACCUCAGAUCAGUAAGAAUGAAAUUGAUAAACAGCUGCCUUUACAUAUCAUUGCGUACCUGUGCAACGAAAAUCAAAUACUUAAUACUUAACUUAAUACCGCCCGCAUUCCGUUAAAAAAGAAGGUAAAUUAAGAAUACAGCACAACAAACAAAUGCGAAAAUAGCAAACCAGAAGCGAAGUGAACAAAUCGAAUAAGUAAAUGUAGCAAUGUUUUGUAAAGAAUUUCUAGAUAAACGAGAAAAAUCGCACAAAAAUAAACUAUUUAAAACUAGUAACUUAUUUUAAGCCUGUACAGAACUGGUUGAAGUUUAGCCCUAAGCAUUGUUGUACUUAAACUUAGUUAAUAAUCAUACACGUAAUGCAAUUUCCAAGCUUAUUAGCUUUUGUUAGCGUUGUUCAAAUGAACUGGUUAUCAUUUUAAAAAGAUGAAAUCGACCAAUCUUUGAAGAAGGAAACCAAUCAAAUAAACCAGACAAAAUAAUUUAA